AAAAAUUGCAUUUCUUGACAGAUCAAGUCAUAAUGAAUAAGUUAAUAUUAAUAAUUAUAUUUUUUAAUUAUUCUGCCACAUCCCUCGAUUACAAAAUGUAUUGCGACGAACUUUUUUGCAAAGACAAAAAAUCCAACCACACCGUUUGUUUGAGAAAAGACGUUCAAUGUCGGCCGAUAGAAAAUUGCAAAACUCUGCCGAUGACCCGUGAGCUACGACAAGUAGUGGUUGACCAACAUAACGAAAUGAGAAACAGAUUUGCCAGCGGAAAGGACGUUUAUCACAACCAACCCAACGCAGCUUCAAAUUUGAUGGUCAUAAAUUAUGAUUUGGAACUGGAAGAAGUUGUAAAGUGUCAUUUGAAUACGUGUACCUUUGAUCAUGACGUAUGUAGAAAAACUAAAAAAUUUUCAACUGUUGGUCAAAACACAUUUAAAGGAAAUGGUCUCUUCAAUCCAUACAAAAUUAAUAAAGCAAUGAUGGCCUGGUACUCAGAGAUCAAAAAUGUAGAACCUGAAAGAUACAUUAAAUAUACAUUGGCUAAACCGAAUGCACCCGAAACUGGACAUUUCACUCAGUUAGUAUGGUCAAAAUCGGAAUUUAUUGGUUGCACAGCUUCAACAGACGGAACAAUAUUAUAUUUUGGUUGCAACUACGGCCCUGCUGGCAACGUUGAUGGAGUUCGCACUGUAAAGUGGGGGACACCAUGCUCCGAGUGUCCCAAUAAAUUGAAAUGCAACUCCAAGUAUAAAUCCCUUUGCGGGGAUCUACUGGCCAUACCGGACCCACCCGGGACAAAACCGGGCGCAUCGUCCCUAUCAACUUUUGCUCCCUCUUUGAAAAAUUGCAAAAACAAAACAUAUUUUGCUUUAGUUUUAUUACUUUAUGCGAUUAUUGUAUUUAUCUAAUUAUUCUAAGUUCAAACUAAUUGUAUUAUGUAAAAUAAUCAACAAUAAAUAAUAAUAGCUGUA